AUGAAUGCUGUGGCAUCGUGUGGUCUGCAGCUCUACCGCUUCGGUGAGACCGUGUCUAUCCCUUUCUGGCAGGAUGGCUGGCGACCUGACAGCUGGUAUGACACUGGGACAGAGAAAGAGCUAUACAAGUCUCGUUUGCGACAUCGACUGAGACACAUGUACACCAUGGAUGACAAAAUCUUGAAGAACAAGCAGGCUGGACUUCACACGCUCUGCCUUCUGGACAUCAAGGUCAAAGAGCAGUCAGUCGAGAACUUGAUGCGAGGGCGGAAGAUCUACGAGUCGCCGAGAUUCAUGACAGUCGGCCAGGCACUGGAGCAGCUUCUUGACGUCGACAAAGCCAAGGCUGAGGGCGUUUCAGCUGGCAUGGCAUUCGGCUUGGCACGGCUGGGCCGCGAGGACCAGGUCAUUCGUGCAGGCCCGAUCGAGCAACUUGCAGAGGCCGAGUUCGGAGGCCCGCUGCACUCCCUGGUGAUUUGCGCAGACGACCUGCACGAGCUGGAGCAGGAGUUCGUACAACACUACCACCUGUGA